AUGGCGAUUAGCAGAAAUUUUAUGGAUUCACAAGUCAUUGCACAAUUUGUUUCUCAUGAUGACGUUCUUUUGGGUCCUGUAGUGCAAUUACCCGUAUCAAUCACUAAAGAAUCACUCUACCAACUGUUACCCCCUGAAAUUAAUCAGAAUAAUCAGAUAAGAAUGUUUGUCUUUGGAUCAGAAAUCAUUACAUCUUUAGCAGAUGCACUUAAAAGCGAACGAGCAACUAAUGAAGAGACUUUGAAGAUUUAUUGCUACCCAGAUGAACCAGAGAAGAAAACACGUGCACCUGGAUACAUGGCUUCUUCUUGUUCUGGCCAUAAAGCUGCUAUUCUAUCGGUUAAAGGCAGUCCGUGUGGUAAAUACAUUUGUUCGGCUUCUGGUGAUGGAACAGUGCGGUUUUGGUGUAGUUCUACUAAAUCACCACUUAAAGCCAUCCGAGUUCAUCAUCACUGGGUGCAGGUAGUAGAGUUCUCGCCGAAUUCUAAGUAUGUAGCUGCAGGUGCUAUGGAUGGAGGUGUAUCAUUGAUCAGUGUGCCGGAAAUGGAGAUCAUCUAUUCGAAAAAGGUGCAUCGGGAUGGAGUUACAUCUAUUUCCUGGCGGAAAGACUCAGAGAAGUUUGCUACGGCAGGUCGGGAUUCUAGUGCUGGGAUUUGGGGACUGGCUGGUCAUCUUAGAAGUAUCUUUCAUGAAAAGCCAGUGAUAACUGUUGCUUACUUUGGAGACUACUUACUAUCUGCCGGUCGGGACUUCAGUAUUAAAGUGACUAACCGAGAAGGAACUCUAGUGCAAACAUUGAAAGGACAUACACAGAAUGUGACUAAUUUAGCCGUGCAUAAUGGGACAGAUAUGGGGCGGUUCUUACAGAACAAGAACGAGUACGUCUUUGGAUCAGGGAAGAGUUUCUUGGUGAGUACGAGUGAUGAUCGGACGGGUAUUAUUUGGCGGACGGAAUGGGAGGAAGAUGGUACUUGGCGGUUUAUGGCUAAAAAGAAGUUGGUUGGUCAUAAAGACAUUAUUACUUGUGUUAGUAUAUCUAAUAAUGGGAUUCAUAUUGCGACUUCAUCAUUUGAUAAGACAGUUAGGUUGUGGACUUCGAUGAACGGGUAUUUAGCUCAUAUCUAUCGAGCGCAUACGUCAUUGGCUUAUCAGACUAAGUUUUCCAAAACGGGUAAUUUAUUGGUUUCAUCUUCGGCCGACAAAACAGUUAAGGUCUACUCGGUUGAGAAGAAAAAGUUGUUAUCUGACUUUGUGUGCAAGGACCAAGUAUUUGCCAUUGAUAUUCAGGAGGCCAUGAUUGUGGCGGGCGGAAAAGAUAAGCUUGUCUACUUCUUCACAUAG